AUGUCCAUGCGCGACGACGUGCAGAUGGCUCGACAUCUGGCGUCUUGCAUUAUCACGCAUCCCAUGCACAUUUAUACACAAGUGAACGUGUUUGUCGAUGGCAUGCGUGAAGGGCAGACUCGCCUCUCGCUGGAACGAGCAGAGCCUGCCACGUUGGAGGAGGCUUUCGCUAUCGCUCCCCGUGAGGACUUCAGAGUCAUCAAGGCCUAUACCAAGCCUUCAGUUGUUACCGCUGUCAGAUCAGCGGGCCCGGAACCUAUGGAGAUCGAUGCAAUUGAGUCGUCGGGUGACCGACGACGCGCUACAGACUACAAGGGCGACGUCCGAGGCGGACGUCAGAUGAUCUGCUUUCGAUGCCGAAAGCCGGGACAUCGCGCGGCUGAAUGCCGCGCGCCAGCACCGAUUUCGGUGCAUGCGACGGACACCCAUCAUAGGGAGGUUCUUCGAUCAGUCGUCCAAAAAAUGGACGAGACCAGUAGGUGCAGGGCGCCCUACUGGUUUGAAGGGAGGUCCGGGUCCACCGGUGGAGCCCGACCUCCCAGCCCAUCUGUGCUGCGUGCACGGUCAAAUGCCACCACUACGAGUGGUGAUUCACGCCUGAUUAUUGUUAAUCUACAUGUCGCCGGUAUCCGGCGACCUCUACGAGCGCUCCUGGAUUCAGGAGCGACAAACAAUUUCUUCCGUGAAUCUUGCGUGUCAAUGCUGCCACCCAGCAUCCAGAUCCACGAGGGACCUGGCCAAGUUGUUGUCAAGCUCGCUGACGGGAAACCACGCCGCGUAUCGCGGCGCGAAGUGUCGUUGCCGUACACGUUUGACGGCUUUCGCAGUAACGACAAUUUCUUGGUGAUUGAAAUGAAUUAUUCAUUCGAUUGCAUCCUGGGCAUGCCAUGGUUGGCACGCUAUAAGCCCCAGAUCGACUGGUUAGCCAGAUCAGUGAGACGUCGAAGCAAGUUCGACGUCAGCGAAGUGUUCACCCAUCUCUUGGUGUCUCCAAGUGAUUGGCCGAACGUUACAGUCGUGGAUCGUACAUCCACGACACCGGCGGUACACAGAGUGAGCAAUGGCCAUCUCUGUACCGCUUGUUCCGUGCCCCUACGCACGAGUGAUGAUGUCUCCUCGCUUUGCAGCGAGGAGUCCGACGUGGACGAGGAGUGGCUCCCGCGUAAUGACGACGCGGACAAGCAGUGGCUCCCGCGCGACGACGACGCGGUCGAACAGCGGUUCCCGCACGAGAGAGCAGUGGUCGAACACGAACAAGUGUUCCCACCUGCACCCAUUGUGGUCGAGAAGAGGCUCCCACAAGGGCAAGAUGUGGCCGAGCAGGGGCUCGCCACCGAGUGUGACGUGAAUGGACAAGAGUCCCCACGUGCGAAAACGAUGGUCGAACAGGGGUUCCCAUCGUCGCCUACUGUGGUCGAACAGAGUUUCCCACAUGAGCAAGACGUGGUCGAGCAGGGGCUCCCACACGAGUUUGUGGCGGUAGAGCAGGGGCUCCCGCAUCAUGCGUCGACGGACGAGUAUGGACUACUCCCGUCACGCGAUUUCGACGUCCUGGAUGAGGACAUCCAGCGUCUAGAGGGGGUGCAGAUUUAA